AAACACAUAUUACUUUUCUAACAUAACUAGCUAAACACUUCUCAAAAUAAGUGAUUGUGAAACUCCAAUCAACCAAUUCACAACAAAGUACAAGUAAAAAAUUUAUUUCACACAUAAUUUUGAGGAAAAAGUAAAGAAAAAGGAAAAAUGAAAAGGGUAUAAUGGCAAAAAAGAGUUAAGACAAUGAUAGGUUAUUACUACCUCGGACAACGAGCCGACAAAUAUGUUCAGUGUUUCACUACUCUAAAAUCAGUUGUCAGAGUUAUAGCAGCAAAAAAAUGGCGGCGAAAGUACCUGUAGGAUGUGAACCAGUUGUUGGCUCUUUAACGCCGUCAAAGAAAAAGGAAUAUAGAGUGACUAACAGAUUGCAAGAAGGCAAACGGCCGUUAUACGCCGUUGUGUUCAACUUCAUUGAUUCACGUUACUUCAAUGUUUUUGCUACUGUUGGUGGGAAUCGGGUUACUGUAUAUCAGUGUCUCGAAGGUGGUGUUAUUGCUGUGCUGCAGUCUUAUAUUGAUGAAGAUAAAGAUGAAUCCUUUUACACUGUAAGUUGGGCAUGCAAUCUUGAUGGGAGUCCAUUCUUAGUGGCUGGCGGAAUAAAUGGAGUUCUCCGUGUUAUUGAUUCUGGCUCAGAGAAGCUACACCAGAGCUUUGUGGGGCACGGAGACUCGAUAAAUGAAGUCAGGACUCAACCCUUGAAACCAUCUCUUGUAGUAUCUGCCAGCAAAGAUGAAUCUGUUCGCUUGUGGAAUGUUCAUACUGGAAUAUGCAUUAUGAUAUUUGCUGGUGCUGGAGGUCAUAGGAAUGAAGUACUCAGUGUGGACUUCCAUCCUUCUGAUAUACAUCGCAUUGCUAGCUGUGGAAUGGAUAACACUGUUAAAAUUUGGUCAACGAAAGAAUUCUGGUCAUAUGUGGAGCAAUCAUUUACUUGGAUGGAUCUUCCUUCCAAGUUUCCCACAAAAUAUGUACAGUUUCCGCUGUUCAUAGCUUCUGUCCAUACCAAUUACGUUGACUGUAACAGAUGGCUUGGUGAUUUUGUCUUGUCCAAGAGUGUUGACAAUGAAAUUCUAUUAUGGGAACCAAAGAUGAAAGAAAACUCUCCCGGAGAGGGCACCGUUGACAUCCUCCAAAAGUAUCCUGUCCCGGAGUGUGAUAUAUGGUUCAUCAAGUUUUCAUGUGAUUUUCACUACAAAACCGCAGCUAUAGGAAAUCGAGAAGGCAAGAUCUUUGUCUGGGAACUACUAACAAGCCCGCCAACUUUGAUUGCAAGGCUAUCUCAUGUUCAAUCCAAGUUACCGAUUAGACAAACUGCCAUGUCUUUUGACGGAAGCACCAUACUUAGCUGCUGUGAAGAUGGGACGAUAUGGCGCUGGGAUGUGGUAGCAACAAAUUCUGCAACUUCUUGAGUUGGAAUACAUUAUGAAGGAUCCAAAAUAUAUCUAAACUUGCAAAAACAAUUGCCAAAUUCUCCUUUUUUAAGUUUUUUCUGACCUCUUUCUUGUGAGACUAACUUGAUGUGCCAGUGAAUUAAACUUUUACUUUUAGUGGUGGACAUUAUAGGAGGAUAUAGAGGUCGAUGAUCAAGGAAGAAGGUUAAUAUGUAGUCUAACGUGUCUAGUUUUCUUUAUUAGUACUAUUAUUAUGACUCCUCUGUCUUCUUCGUCAGUUUUUAUUAUCUGAUGAUUUCUUUGCUUGGGUUAUCG